GCGAGCGAGGGUUGAAUCACUGCAUACUGUAUGAGUUAGACACAGUUUUGAACUCAGUACUGUAGCGUUUAGAAGAUUUAAACAGAUGAAUGACAACGAGCUGGGCUAACUAACAUCUCGUCAGUGUGACUUAUCGGUGUGCCGGUGGAAAUGGUCGUUAUUUAAGUGUGUGUGAUGGCAGAGCUCCCGUCUGGACUGUUGGAGGCAUGUGUAGUGGUUGGUGCACCCAGUGAUAAGCUCCGAGACAUAUACCAGCUUCAACAGCAGAGUAAUUUGAGCGAGCUUCCCCUGCUGGAAGCUGAGGUCCUGCAGGUCCAUGCCCCUCCAUUUGUUUCCAAGGAUACCAACCCCAGCCAGUUGAUUGGACCAGCUUUCAGUCGUGUCCAGAGGAGGAGGAGCUUUAUAAAGAAGAAGAAGCGAGACCGUGCUCCAGAGGUGUUGCCUAAUGGAGAAACGACCAAUCAUUCAGAAGCGUCCUCUGGAACAGAAGAUAUCAGUGUACCUAAAGAUCUGGACCUCAUCGCCUUGCCGCAGCUCUGUUUCCCUGGUGGUCUUCAGUUAACCAAUGAGCCAAGAGAAGACAGUUAUCACUUCCUGGUUUUUACUGACCUGUUUGGGAACCGAACCCAUGGAGUUGUCGUUCAGUAUUAUAGAGCUGUACAGUCCUGUCAGGAAGGGUCUGUCCAUAAUGGCCACCGGUGGAAUUCAUCAAAGUCCCGCCUCUACACACCCUUUGCCGUGUGUAUCAUCUCCAAGUCCCCCUACUACAAUGCCCUGAAAGACUGCUUGUCAUGUCUCCUGGUCCAGUUGCGGCCUGCAAGACAAGCUGACUUUGAGGAGACCAUUAAGGAAUUUUCCGCCAAGCUGUCUCUAGUCCCUUUACCUCCUCCUGGACAGCUCCAUGUGUCCUUCAGCCUCCGUCCGCUCCAUGUGUUUCUUCCAUCAAAAGAGGAUCAGGACAGCCCUCUUAUCGACAUCGACCUGCAUCUUCCUUUGCUCUGUUUCACGCACACAACACUACUCCAGGUGCUGUCCUACCUCCUCCAGGAGCAGAGGCUGGUCUUCUUCUCUGCUGACUGGGCCAGACUCACUCUGUUCGCAGAGAGCUUGCUGCUUUACCUGCAGCCUCUGUCCUGGCAGCAGCCCUAUGUUCCCGUUUUGGCAGGAGGAAUGCUGGACUUCCUCAUGGCUCCUACAGCCUUCCUGAUGGGCUGUCACAUCAGUCAUUUUGAAGAGGUCGCUGCAGAGACAGAAGAGCUAAUUCUGGUGAAUGUCGAUGAUGGCAUCAUUCAGUCGUCAUGGGCUGAAAACAUUGACCUACCAGCUAUCCCUCUAGCUGCAGCUGAGAGCUUUAUGGCAAGGGCAGAGUGUCUCCAGCUUCACUACGAUUUGGAGCUGUGUCACCUUGGAGCGGGCACUGAUGUCAACGCUCUGAGAUCCCAACGCAGAGAAUGGCAGACUCGCCUCAACACACAGAUACAAAACAUUGCUCUGGAACUAGUGGUCAACAUCUUCAGAGACGUCCAGGACUUUCUAAACCAUGAGCACAGAGUUUUUAACAGUGAAGAGUUUCUGAGGACGAGGGAGCCAGCAGACCUGAUUUUUUACAAGAAGGUUUUAGAAACUCAUAUCUUCCACACAUUCCUGCGAGACAGGCUGAACAGGAAACCAGACACCUUCAGCCGCAUGGAGCAGAACACGCGUAACCGAUCAGCCAGGAAUCGUGCGAUGACAGAGUCUCCUCGGCGUCCUCUCAUGUCCGAUCUGUCGAGGACGGGCUACAGCAGCUACGCCAGCCCUAGUGACCGACUGAGCAAGAGGCUGGGGGCCAGCCUGCCUAACCUGCAGCAACCUGCCAACGACACGGGGACCUCCAUCAGCUCCACCAGACCAGCCUCCCUCAGGAAGAUGUCUCCUGAUGUUGGUUUGAAGUCUCCUCAGAAAGUGGUGAAGGUUUUCCGCCUUCCCGAGUUCCCCCCUCCGCUGGCCUAUCAUUACGUCCAGAACUAUUAUUCUGACAUGGUGUCCUCCCUGGGGAAGGCUAUUAACGCUACACUGCCUGAGGAGGCUGCUCUGCUGGCAAGGUACCACUACCUGCGGGGUUUGGUAAACACGGUGUCCAACAGACGUCUGGAUGCACUGGAGGACUUUCAGAGUCUGUAUAAGACAGACUCAGAUAUCUUCCCUUCUCAGAUGGUGAAGUCAGUGGUUGACUCGCUCCCAGAAGCUGAACGGCUACAGGCGGACAGACGACCAGAGCUGAAACGGCUCAUCAGUCGGCUCAAGAGGGACCAGGAGAGGGAACGUGCGUUCAACGGCAACGGUCAAGAGCACGAUUCCAUAAAGCGUUUCCAGCUGCCGAAAAAAUACAUGCAUCUGGAGGAGUUUGUUAAAUGUGUCCAGGAGUCUGGUAUUGUAAAAGACCAAGGAACCAUACAUAGACUCUUUGACGCUCUAACUGUAGGUCAUCAGAAGCAGGUUGGGCCAGAGUUGUUCAGAGUCUUCUACACCAUCUGGAAGGAGACGGAGGCAGAAGCACAGGAGGUGUGUUUGCCAGCGUCAGUUUCUGAGCACAUCGAGCCCAGCGAGUGUGUUUUCAAGCUUUCCUCCUCUGUGAAGACGAGCCGCGGGGUGGGAAAGAUUGCCAUGACUCAGAGACGGCUUUUCCUGCUGACCGACGGACGACCAGGAUACGUGGAGGUGGCACAGUACCGGGAUUUAGAGGAGGUGAAAGUGUCCUCGGCUCCCUUCCUGCUCCUGCGUAUCCCCAGCCUGAAGCUGCGAGUUCAGGGCAGGAAGGAGACAUUUGAGGCUAAUUUGAAAACGGAGACAGAGCUGUGGAACCUGAUGGUCAAAGAGAUGUGGGCCGGACGCAACAUGGCUGACCAACACAAGGACCCCCAGUACAUGCAGCAGGCUCUGACCAACGCCCUGCUGAUGGACGCCGUGGUGGGCAGCCUUCAGAGCAGUAAGGCCAUCUACGCUGCUUCCAAGCUGGCUCACUUCGACCGCAUCAAGACGGAAGUGCCGAUGAUGGUUCCCAAGACAACGGCAGAGACGCUGAAACAUAAGAUUAACCCCUCGCUGGAGCUCGCUGCACCUCAGGCUGUAGAUGUACUUCUAUACACACCAGGUCAGUUAUGGGUGUCUGUGAGCGUGGGAAAGGUGAUGGUGUUUGAUGCCUCCAGCUGGUCCCUCACACAUACCUGCCACGUUGGGAAUGCAAGACUGAACUGCAUGCUGGGAGUGGAUAAGGACCAGGUCUGGGUGGGUUCUGAGGACUCUGUUAUCUACAUCAUCAGCAUGGUGGCCAUGGUCUGUAACAGACAGCUGACUGAUCACAGGUCGGAGGUCACUGGACUGGCGCUCGACAGGGACAAACAAAGCCAGAAGGUGGCGUACUCCUGCAGCGCAGAGGGAAGCGUCAUGGUGUGGGACGUCUCAACACUACAGGUUAAGAGGCAUUUUCGCCUCUCCUGCGACCGCCUGCUGUCCGUCUACAGCUGUAAUGGGACGCUGUGGUGCUGCUCCAGGGACAAUAUAAUGGAGGUGUGGAGGAACGGCUCAUUAAAACAUCGUCUGAAUCUACCAGAGCAGCAAAAAGGAUCCACAGCUACAUUUAGCUCUAUACUGCUGUUACCUGAGAAGGAGGAGCUGUGGAGUGUGUGUAUGGACUCAGGGGAAGUGUGUAUUUGGCACAUUAAGGACACCACCAAACCGUAUCACCGUGUGGCUCUACAGGACUGCACCGGAUGUUACUGCAUUAUCAAAGUUAAAAACCAGGUGUGGAUCGGUGGUGUUGGCCGCAGCUCAACCAAAGGGAAGAUUUACAUCCUGGAAACGGAACGUCACCAGGUCAUGAAAGAGCUUCACGGCCACAACGACAAGGUGACAGCGCUCUGCUCUGCGGAGGAUCGAUACGUCCUCAGUGGAGCCGGCAAAAUCGACGGAAAGAUCGCCAUCUGGAAGGUGGAGUAAAGCAGUCUGGAAAUGGACUCAUAUUCUACUUGGAGCUUGAGAUCGUUAAGGAAAACUUCACCCACAAAAUAAGGGUUUUUAUAUCAAUCACUCACCCUGUUUUACCUCGAAUCUUUGAAGAAAAGUGAAACAUUCUUCACAUGUUUUCACUGCUUUCCAAACAUUUUCAGUGAAACUUCCACAUUAACAGCACUCCCAUGGACGGAUAGCAUGUUUGCAAAGGUGUGAUAUCGUUUAUUCGUUUUUUUUCUCUCCACAAAUUCAAGGUAAAAUGGGGUAAAUAUUUGAUAAACAAAUCAUCACUUUGGGUAUGAAGUAUUCCUUGAAUGCCAUCGCUCUGAUAAAACUACACUCGAACUUCCUGCGAACAAAGAUUUUGAAUUUGCAAGGAAAGGAAUGAAGAUUUGGAAAGACGAUCCAAUUCCCAGCCUCGCCUUGCCUUUUGCAUCUCGGAGAUAUGAAGGAAUCACAUGGCAUGUCAUGUGAAGCAACAUGUUUACAUAAAGACUCACCAGCUGAGCAGCUUCUCCCGCCUGCUAUGAAGUGGUGAUAUGCAGUUUGAAAUACUAACCGUACUAACACUUAAUUAUUUCGGGAACAUGAAGGACAAAUGAAGAAUGAAAAAUGAAAAAUGUGAUAUUUUUUUGAAUUCAGAAUGCUUCACUUUACUCAAGGCAUUUAUUAUAUUUUCAUACCAUGCAUUAUUUAAUGUUGUACAUUGGUUUAAGGGAGUUUAAUCACACUAGUAUUAUGUGGGAACAUUGUGUGACUGAGCCUCACCUCCCUCUGUGUUUCUGAGGUGUGCUUCUACAGUUCAAAGGAGUCAAACUACCCUGAAAACAACACUUUGAGAUCUCCCUAUCACGUGGGAAAGAAAAUGUUUAUUUUUAUGGAUGUUAUGCUUUAACGGACAAUGUACAGCAGAGAGUGAUGGGAAACACGAUGAAAGAUGAACCAAACUUGGGAGCUGGACUCAAACUCUGACAUGUGAUACAGCACCGUGCGUUUAAGAGACGCACCAGAGAAACUUGUUUAGUCCUGCAACAACUGGAAUCUGAUAAAAACACACAGAAUGAGGAACAACUCCACAGUAUUUUGCCCUCGUUGUAACACUUACCUCAUUGUUAGACUAGGUUUCACAUUCUUCUCUAUUUAUUUUCCUACAAGAUUAGUUUUACCUGCAUCACGUUGGUCCUAAUGAGUAAAGGAAAUGUUUUUUUAUAUACAGAUUGACAGAAGAUACAAAGGUCAAUUCAAAAUUCCCGGCUUUAAAAAAUAUGCUAUUAUUAAUAAUAAUAAUAGUUUUAAUCAUUUUAAGUGAAAAGUCCGGGGUACAAAUGUCUACUCAAAUGUUAAAAUGUAUAUUUGUAGAAAUGUAUUCUCUGUGCAUUUUUCAUGGUUUCCUAAGUAGUAAUAAUUACACUCGUUUUCUGUGUAGUAAAACUAAGUGAAACAGAA